CAGCUGACUACCUUUAUAUCUUCUCUCAUCUGAAGUGCCUAUUUGGACAUCCUUGACUUUGAUGUGAGGUUUACAGUCUGACAUAAGGACCAGAUGCGGAGCAGUCAGGCCUUCUUUGGUAGCUUGUGCUUCCUGCUGUGACCAUCAGCAUGGACGGCAAGGGAAAAGACUCCCUCAUCCUGCUGGUUACGUUCACCUUGCUCCUGUGUAAGAAUGUGGCUUCCUUGUCCACCUGCUCUGCCAGGGAUGGGUGCUGGGAGAACUUCCGAGAACUGUUUUAUUCUGCAAACAUGUUGUCUGAAAUAAUGCAACAGUCCUCUUCAGAUCUCUUGCAUGAAUUUGACACCCAGUAUUCUCAGAGCCCAUUCCUGUCUACGUCGGCCACGAGCCAGUGUCACACAGCCUCCCUCGCCACUGCGUCCCUCCCUAGCACAGCUGCCCAGGAGCAACCCCAGCAGGCGCAGGGCGCUGCCCCGGCCGAGGCGCUGCACCUGGCGGCCCGGCUGCUGCGCUCCUGGGACGACCCCCUCUUCCACCUGGUCAGCGAGGCGCACCUGCUGCUCGCGCUGCACCUCCUCCUUCGGAGCUAGAGGCGGUGUGGCGCUGCUCAGCCACCGGCUCCAGAGGGUCCUGCGGAGUAUCGCCCACCAGUUUUAUCCUGACGUGCCAGGCACAAUGGACUAUGCUGUCUGGACAGAGCUUCCUUCCCUUCAGUCAACUGAUGAAGAAACUCACUUGCCUGUUUUUUAUAACCUGCUUCACUGCUGGAGCAUGGAUGCAAAGAAGAUUCACACUUAUCUCAAAGCAGUGGAGUGCCAGGUCAUCUCUGAUGGCAACUGCUGAGAACAAGCCCAUUUCCCCUCUUUCCAAGAUGGUCCUUCUGGCUGGAGAUGUGUCUCAGUAGCGCUGUGCCUGCCUGGCAAGCACAAGGUCCUGAGUUCAAUCUCUGGUACUGAACAUGUCUCUCUUCUUACAAAAUAAAAGC